AUGAAAACGAAUUGGAGAGGAUUCGGUUUUAGUGCAGGAUAUUACAUUUUCGAGCCGAAAUUUAUAAAGAUCAGAAAAUAUAUACAGGAUAAAAUUCCUUCGUUAAAGAAUGAGAAAAAUAAACAAAAAUUUAGAGUGGGAUGCUUAGCAGUGGCUAAAUAUCUCAUUGAAGAAAAAUCUGCACCACCUUAUAUUAACCAAAAUAAUUGGGAGCAAGUAAUUCAGAAUUAUUUUGAAUAUAGGUUUGACGAGCUAACUAAAUAUGGUGGAUGUCCCAUGAUUUUAGAGCAGAAUGAUAGAGAUCUUUUAGAAUUAAGUUACGAAGUAAAAGAUUUUAAUGAAAAAAAAGUAAAAGAUUUGAAAAGUUUGGAACGCUACAAAACAGAAAAUAAUACAUAUAAUUGUAACAAUAAUCAAAGUUGCAUAAAAAAAUUAAGCGAAUAUAAUGUUUGGAUUAAAGAGAUGGAACAUCGUUUUGAAAAUAAGAAAAGCCUCAUUGAAAAAAAUUUACAGAACCAACAAGGGAAAUUCAAAUUUUCAGUACCAUUAAGUGACUUACUGAUUCCUAAAACUUUUAAGGAACUUCCUGAAUCCGUCAAUUCUCAUCGAAUGGAACAUGAAAAAUCGUUACGGAAAGAAAAAGAAGAAAACAUUCCACAAAUGGAAAGUCAAAAUUCACCUGAAGGUUCAUCUAAGCCUCAAGAUGAAGGUUCACAGAAAACGGAAUCAUUAACCCCCUUGCAAGUUCCACCCUUAGAUACACUUCCAAUUCAAAUGCCUUCUGAUCCUAUAACUACUGAAAUUCAAGUGAGAGAAAGUGAACAUAAGCAAGUUCCCGAUUUCAAAGGUUCUGAAAUCCAUAUUUCAACAACACCUACUUUUACAUUAGGUAACCCAUAUAUUACAACCUUAGAAGUUCCUCAAGAUCAAAAAACUACUCAGUUACAUAACAAAUUACCAAUUAUUAAGCCAUAUUCUCAUCAACCUACAAUUUCCAUAAUUCUAUAUACAUCAGAAAAUUCAGGGAACACAUAUAUAUCUAUUUUAAUAAGCUUUGUGGUUAUCAUUGUAUUUUCUCUUUUUGUUAAAUAUGCUUUACUGUAUCUGUUUAAAAAAACAAAAAAGAUAAAAACAAGACAAGUGAAAUUACUGAGAAUACUACCUCCUUCAUUUCUUAAGCAAACAAGUGAGCUUUUUACAAAUGAUCAUUUAGAAGAGUCAAUACAUGAUAACAAAGAAACAAUAAAAAAAAUAAAAAUAAAUGAACAUAAUAUGAAUAAUUAUAUAAGCCCGUUAAAGCUAAAAAACAAUAAAUACAAAACUAUCAUAGAAGUACACAUGGAAGUACUCAAAGAAUACAGAAAUUAUAAUUGGGAAUACGAAAAAGACGAAUUUUUAGAAAUAUGCUUAGAACUGUUCACAAAAGGGGAACAUGGACCAUACACAAAUUUCACUAAUAAUGAACUAAUAACUGAAAAUACUAAAAGUAUUAGUUACAAAGAAAAACAAAAAAUAUUAUGGAAGAAAUGGAUAGAAAAACAUAAAAAACUUUCUGAAAAAUUGAAAAAAGUAGACUGGUUUAAUAAUUUAAAAAAUGAUUGGAAAAGAGAACUAGCAAACUUAAAAAAAAAGGAAUUAAAAAAAAAUCCUUCUGAUAAAAUUCAAAAUAUUCCAUUUUUACAUAGAGAAAUGGAUAUAUGGAGACAAUGGAUAGCAAAAAAGACUAUGAUUAUUAAGCAAUAUAUUGAACCGGAUUUGUUUAAACAUGUGUCCUAUGAACUCUAUAAUAUAUCAGAAGAAUAUAAAAAUGACGGAUCUAAGGAUGAUUUCCCCUUAAUAAAUAUAGGAGAUAUAGCUAACAAAGAAUGUUAUCAAGAAUUAUAUAAACAUAUAAAAACAAAAUUACUAACAAAAUUGUGUAUCCUUGUGUUUAUGUCAGUAUUAGAAGAUUGUAAAAAAGAGGAUAACCUUGAAAAUAGGGAAUCAUAUUUGGAUAAUUCUAUAACUAAAUUCAAGAAAAAAGAAAAAUUAGAAAAUAAAACAGAAGAUAUAGAAAACAUAAGUGCGGUUAACCGAGAUGUUUUGAAACAUAAGGAAAAUCGUAGUUAUACAACAAACGAUAGAUUCACAAAAGAGAUAGACAAUUGGAUAAAAGUAGAUAAGACAUAG